AUGAUUGCCCAAACACGUCAGCAGCUUGACCAUGUCCGAAUGAAGCGCAAAAAAAGACAUGAAGACGAGGCAUCCUUGAAUAUUGCUGAGCUGAACAGCUUGGUACGGAUCUGGCUUGAACUAGCGGAUGAAAACGCAAACGAUCCGGUGAUGAAGGCGCAUUGCCACAUUCGUGCUUACGAGUACCAGGAGAAGAUCCAAGUCCGCGAGCAAGAGCAUGAACAUUGGCUGGAGAACUUGUCGAAACCUAAGAGCACAUCAGCAACACCCGUGAAACCCACGACGCCGACAAAUCAGGGCCAUCGUCUCAUCACCCCAGAUGCGCCUUCCAAGUCGGCUACUAUUGCGCCCAUCUCAGCCCAAGCUCUUCGUAGUGAGACACGUCCUUCGCCUACACCAUCUUCUCGCACGAACCUUCGUGCUGCUAAUCGUAAGCGCGCAGAGGGGAAGCGAGCGGAAGAAGCCCAAACGCGAGCGGUAGCCCGUAGAGAAAAGAAGGCGCAGAUUGAGGCAGCGAAACAGGCAAAGAUGGAAGAAAGGGUAGCCUUGGUCCGCGCAGAAAAAGAGAGACAGAGGGCAAAGGUCCAAGAGCAGGCUCGGCUUGAUGCUGAGCGUAUCGCGAAGGCCCGAGCCAAGGUUCGUGCAGCACCUAUAGGAGCCAGCGAUGUCCAGAAUAGUGUUAUUGCUCUCAAAGCAAGUCAGGAGUUGUCGCUGUCGCCCGCAAUCUUCCCCCGACGAGCCGAGGUCAACCACGGAUCGGCGCUGCACGACAGGUGUCAUGAGAACAUAGGAACUGCCAUGUGCACCCUGUUUCCGUUUGUCAAAUUCCUGUAUCUCCGUGCACCGACCGCCGAGCGACAGAAGUUCCAGGAGGAGCUGGGUACGGCACCCACCGCUCCCGAGUACAUCGACUACGGAAUCACAACCGGGAUUCGUUUCGAGUUGCUAGACCAUGAAUUUGACCCAACCGUUAGUAUCCAGCAUUAUAUGGAAGAGAACAUGGCUAGAUCUUCGCUGUUCAUGUAUGAGUAA